GUGGGUUUGGUUAUUAGUUCUAGAUUUUGACGUUGUGUUUUAACAGCUUUUUUUGUUGGUUUAAUAUCGUUUAAUGACACUUUGAGGUAACUCAUCUGGUGUCAUUGAUCAAAAACGGAACUGAAUUAUUUCAUUUAUCUGGCAAACGCCUCAGUUGUUUAAGGGUUUAAAUGUACAACAGCUGAUCCAAAGAACCGAAGCUUAAGGCAGUUGAUCUAAUCGAGGGAUUUUCCUACUUCGAACUCUAACAAUUCUAGUUUGAUUUAAACAACUGAUUCAUUCGAAUUGAUUUGGCUGGUUUAAAGGUCAUAAAGACUGUUUGAGAUUAGUGUGUUUUGACUGGAAAGUGGUAACUAUAGCUAAUAGCUAUAAAAGUGAGCUUUGGAGAGCGUGUGUGAUCAUGGAUUUCGACAAUGUGCUGUCCAUGGCCUCCCAAAAUCAAGGGCUCAGCUACGUACCGAAAAGGUAUAGCUUGAAAACUGGCCCUCCGAAGAAAGAUGUCCGAGUGAAAGGGGUUAAUUCAUCUGCUGUGCAGGCCUACUUGAAGAAGCAGGCCACAGAGCAAAAGCAUAAAGAACUACAGAAUAAGAAGGCAAAAGAAGAGCUACUGGCCAAAAGAGUUGAGCUAAAAUCGGACAGGAAGGCACGGGCAAUGGCUUCUCGAACCAAGGACAAUUUCAGAGGUUACAAUGGCAUCCCUAUCGUAGAUCAGCCCAAAAAGAGGCAGUCGAAGGCAGAUAGAGGCGAGGAGCAGCAGACAACUGUUACAUAUGAUGAGGAUGAUGAGGACAAUUAUGACUAUGAGGGUUCAGAAUCUGAAUCUGAUGAACAAAGCAGGCCAGUUAAGGCUCCUUCUAGAGCAGAUGCCCCAAUCAAAGUCGACAGCAAACAGAAAAAACCCAGUGCCGUAGCUAGACCCGCCCCACCACCAAUGAACUUUGCGGACCUCUUGAAACUUGCACAAAAAAAGCAGUUUGAACCUGUUGAUCUGAAACCAGUGAAGAAGACGACGACGGAGGAUAGGCUUCGAACAGCAGAGGAGAUUCGAGAACUCGAAAUGGAGCGCAAAGUUAAGAAACCGGAUAAAGGGCGGGAUGCGAAACCAGACAAGAAUUCGGGACCGAAAGACAGCAGGUCGCAAUCCAGCUCAAAUUCCCAAAAGAAAAAUGUAGACCGAGACAACAGAAAUGAAAGGUUGCCCAAGACAUCAUUAGACAAGCAUUCCUCUAGCAGUACCAACAAAAAACCAAAGCCCCAAACACCCAAUGAAAGAAUUCACGGUUCUGCCAAACUGCAUGGAGACCGAGACCGCUCAGGAUCAUCAGAUGCCUUAAAUCGUAAAUGUGCCAUUAAGAACGGUGCUUUGUUUCCGGCUCAAAAAGCACCACCCAGACCCUCGCAGGGCCAGAGGCUUACAACAUCAAGUGACCUUACCCAAAAGAAGGGGAAUACCUCAAUAUCAAAUGGGAAGUCAAGUAUUUCUGGAAUUCGUCCUGGAGCUGCUCCUUCUAUGGCUAGAUCAUCAGGUCAAGGACCACAGAAAAAAUCUGGGCAGGUUAGACCUGGCCAGAAUAACUCUGUUAGGGGAGGCCAUCCUCAGAAACCAGGAAAACCAGGAAAUGUGGCACGAUCUGGAAGUGCUGCUCCACCUCGGCCUGGUAGCAAUGCACUUUUACGACACCCUUCUGGUGAUCCUUCAAGGCAACCAAGACCAGGUGGUAGUUUGCAGGCUCAGCAACUUCCUGGAGGCUCCAGGGCCUCCAUAAAUGGACCAAGCAAGAUGGGAGGUGGUGUUUCUGGGAGGCCUGUAAACAGCAUAGGUUCAGGCCCUGGAAGACCUCAGUGCACUGUUGUUUCAGAGACCAUUUUAUCAAAGAACUUUGCAUCAAGACCUGGAAUGGCCCCAAGGCCCCCAGGACCUCAAGGCCUUGGGACAGUGAUUAGCCCAACAGGCCAUAGAAUUUUGGUUAGACCUCCUGGACCAGCACUACCCCCAAUAACAUCCACCUAUAAACGACAGUAUGAGGAGGAAGAGUAUGACUCGGAAAUGGAUGACUUCAUCGACGAUGAAGAACAAGAUCAUGAUGAAAUUUCAAAACACAUCAGGGAAAUCUUUGGCUAUGACCGGUCCAAAUAUAAAGAUGAAAGUGACUAUGCACUGAAAUUUAUGGAGAGCAGUUGGAAAGAACAGCAAAAAGAGGAAGCUAGGAGUUUACGCCUGGGUAUCAAAGAGGAUGCAGAAGACAUGCUCAUGGAGGAGGAGGAGAUGAAAAGAAAACUUGCAAUGAAAGCAAAGCGGAAAAAGAUUUAAUUGAAUUGACUUUGAUCUAGUCUCAUUGUAGUGGAUGGGGUUGGAGCGGAAAGGAAAUCUCUUACCUUCCUUGUGCCUCUGACAUUUGUUACACUAUUUAUUUGAAUGCCCAAGCCAUGGGAGCAGGUUUGCACUAUCAAGAGCCCAUCUGUCGUAGCUGAGAAUAAUGUAUGUGAAAAUAAUAGCUGAGAAUCACAAUGCCAAUUUUUGUAUCAGUAGAAAUGAUUGCAGUCUAUUAAUGUGGAUGACUGACGUCUCAAGAACCAACUGCUUAGACAUUGCUCCAAAAAUAGGGAGACUUAUUUUAUUAUUUGUACUAUUUAAUUGGUGAGAAGACAAACUGC